AUGUCUUGGCUUUGGCUGCCACAAGAUCUCUACUGUGAGCUCCCCCAGUCUGAUGGCCACUUUCUUGGGAAAGUUACGAGGAUGACGGUGCCAGCAAAGCGGAUCUCAUCAUUCAGCACAUGUCACCCAGCGUUGAUAUUGAAGGACACCGGCAUCGACAAGAGGUCAGAGGUCCUCCUCCACCGUGACACUCCUUUGGCGAAUCCCCUCUUCGAGAUGGACGACAUCGACUCCACAGUCAUCGAGACGUCGAGCAGCCCGAAACACGAGAUCCGCCCCGAGCAGAUUAUCAGCCUCAUUAUCGCACCUAUAUCGUCUUGCCUCCUGGCAUACCUACUUCUUGUGUUAUUCACCUACCUCUUCUCGUGCCUUUUCGUCUUCGGAUCAUGGGUCUUCCAGCUUUUAUUUCUGGCUGAGCUUCGCAUGGAUUUCAUACCAUGUUCAGCUGCGGGCAUACUGUGUCUGACUGCCUACGUCGUAAUCAAACUCGUCUACCUUUUCAUGGUUGAUAAAGCGCAUGUUAUCCGAGGCACUACCAAGUCUCGUCUCAAGUCCAAAUUGUAUGUAUUCAAUGCGUUUGUCAUGCUGGCUGUAUACGGCAUUAUAGCAACGUUCAACUUUGUCUCUCGAGGGUCUCGGUACGACAAGGAAAAUGAUGUCUGCAGUAUCGGACUGGAACGCACCAUCCUGUUGCCCGUCAUUUUCUUUGACGCUGUUGUCAACGUGUAUCUGACGUCUCUGUUCUUGUUUCCACUACUGAGAUUACACUCGAUUCAAAUAUCGAUGAUGAAGCCAUGGACGAUGCAUGAGAAUACCCUUCAUUUCUCACGAGUUCCGCCCAACGUAAGGCUACGGAGACUCGCAUUACGAACGUUUGCCGGUGUUAUCGGCACAUUGGCCAUUAGCAUUGCCAACCUAUCAGUGUUGGUCGCUCUGGAAGGCGAGAUAGUUUGGCUUUGCCUCACCUGUUGCAAUACGGACAUUCUCUUCACCGCAUUUGUCAUUCAUUGGAUCAACUCUAGCGGCAAAGCUACUCCAAUAUCCAAUGUCGAAGUUGCUCCUACCCCAGCCCCGCCGCCACCAUCAAUAGAGCUGGGCGAAAAAGAAGUUGUGACCUUCACUGAAAUAUUUGAUCAACGACGAAAGUCGUACGACGACCACGAGCCAUAG